AUGGAGAAAAAGUCUGGAAUGAUUCAAGAGCUCAUCCACGAGCUCAAACGACAGGCUGGGCCAUGGAAACAAGAGCUCAAAGACUGCGUUGCCGAGAUCUCGGCAUGUCUUGACAGCCUGUUCGAAGACUCUAGAUCUGUCCGAAAAGUGGAUACAGAGGCAGCCUGUCAAGUUUUCCGACGCUCUUUUCGGCCUCUUUAUGAAUCUUUUCCUCUGCUUUCCUUACAACUUUCCGUCCGCGUUUUUACCAUAAUCACAGCCGACAAGAUUGUCAAUGCGGAAGUACGAGACGGUAGUCCUGAUAGACUAUACUGGGAUGACUUGGCAGCGCAACUUCUGUCCGGGGUGCUUGAUUACUUGGACGAUCACGACUCCGGUAUGUUUACGCAUAACAUCUUAGCGCAAUCCACGCCAAUUAGAGCCACAGAAACUCCCAAGUCAGAUAGCCACAAGGUCAAGACUUCUGUCGGUCAAGCUUUCUACGCCAACCUCUGCCUUACUUUCUUCCCAUCCGAGCCUACCGCGACCACGACAGUCAUCCACAGUGGCAAGUUACGCGAUUUGGCCUACCGGCUACUCUCCCAAACGGCAAGUUCUCAUCCCGAAAACCAACAAAAACUCCGCAAACCGAGUGUUCUUGGAGGGCAUCGACUAGGUCGACUUAUCCUUCAUACGAAAGAUUAUCUCCCGUUGGAGGGCCUCCUGGACUUGCUCGCUCCAUUGAUACCUCCACUCAAGGUCUCCUCCCCGCGUGUUCGCGAGAAAUUCAUCAAGGAGGCUUUUGAAGGGACACAGAGUAAUGCCGGGGAUGCAAUUUGUCGGCUAUUGAUUAGCACCACGAACAUACGCGAAUGGGAAGAGAUGCAUUCGAAAGUCAUAGAUAUUCUUGCCAGUGAUAUAACGUUCCCCCAGCCAUUUUCUGUGGCGGAGAUUGUCAUCGGGAAUUCUGCAUUCCGUUCCCCCGAACGCCUGAUAUUCGAUCGUCAACAUGCAAUAUAUACCGUCGACGACAACGGUGCGUGCGAGACGAUCAGAGUUCCAUUCAAGACCGUCAAGCAGGUCAAGGUGGAAAGCUCUUCCGGGUCUAUUCAAGUUCUAAUGUCCUCGCCGGCCAUGUUCGGUGACCUGCCCAUGGCGCCAGCCGAGGGUCAUGAUCCAUCUUCUAUGACUUUCCGACUUCGAAAAUCCGACGUCGACAGGUUCGUGACCACGGUCACCAAACGCGGCAUGGGGUCCAUAACCUUCAAGGAUGGCACGGCGGUGGUGAGGUCGAGACAUCGCUUCUCUCUCGUGAGAACGACGUUAGGGGCAGAUCCAUCCGACGACUUGCCCCCACCCCCUUCGUACGAUGAAAAGGUCAAGAGUCUACAAGCAGAUGACUCUUCCGACAAUGAGAGCAAACCCGACUCCCGUCGCAGUGGCAACUUGUCGAUCCACGCACCCAGCGCGUGCAAACCGAUCACUUCUUAUCCCAUUCCCAUUCCUGUUUCCAUUCCCGCACCGACCCAUUGUCUCCCAACACCGGCUACCCCACCUCGGGGACCUCAAGCUCCCCGUCACCCUACACAUCCUGCACUCACAAUCCAAGUUCAGGUCCAAGCCCCUCCCACACUGACCCGCGGUCGAUCUCCCACUAUUGCUUCAUCCGGCCAGCUCCCCAGGACCCAGAGUAAAAUGAUGCGUGACGGCGUCUUCGGAGCGAGCGACGAGGAGCUCUCUGAGUUGUCUGAGCAUGAGAUAGUUGCGGUGCCGAAGAAGCUAUUCGACGCUCCUCCCGGUGCUGGUGCUUCGAAGACUGCGCCUACUCGUGUGACGAAGGAGAAUAGUGGCGCCGGCAGAGGUAGGAAGUGGGGAGGACAACAGGGCUCUGGGGGCGGCGAGGGCAAGGCGGAAGAAGAGGUCACUGAUCCUUCUUCAGGUUCAGAGUCGGAUAGGGCUCCACCUGUCAGGGGACGUGGACGAAAGGUCGUCGGUUCAUUCGCCAGCAACCCUACCGCGACGCAGCAGGAGAAGAAGUCACCCAAAUCAUCGAAGCAAAACAAAGCUCCUGUCAAGAGGCGUGCAGUCGCAGAGGAGUCUGAGAUCGACGAGGAUGGUCAUUCGGGGUCGGAGUCGGACAGAGCGCCUCCGGUUAAAGGGAAAGGAGGGAGGGGAAGAAGGGUUGUGAGCUCCUUCGUCAGUGAGGGUCAGGUCGAAGCGGCUCCAGAGAAGGCAGAGGCGACGGCAUCGAAGGGGAAGCUGAAGAAGAAGAAAGCGAUCGCGAAGGAGCUCGAGUACGAAGACGAUGACGAACGUCCUCCCAGCCCUCCGUCUCAGUCUGCGGCGACGAUCAAGACCCAAACCCGUCCAGCCGAUAGAAAAUCUGUUCCACAGCCGCCGAAAGCGAAGGAGGUAAAGCAGAAGAGGAAUGAUGUGGUCGAAGAGCCUAUGGAGGAAGAGGAAGGAGAAGAGUCUCCCGCUCCGAGGAGAUCUACAAGGGCGUCUGCUGCCGCUGCCUCGAAGAAGAUCGCGAAUGUGGUAGCUGCGGGGAAUAGUUCGCAGGAAAGUGGCACCGAAGAGGGCGCGAAGGAAACGAACUCUCCUCUUCCUCUUCCUCCAGCUCCUGUUCUUCCCCAGGUUGUUGCGAAGCCCAGAGCGGCGAUCACAAAGACCAAAGGUAAAGCGCGUGCAGACGACAGCGAAACUUUGGUUCCCACUUCAGAAGAUCGGCCUAGAGUUAGAAAGGAUCCUACAGUCAUUCCCUCGCCUCCCAAGCCAACGGAAGAUACCACUCGGACAGUUGGGACUAAGCGCAAGCGUGGAGCACAAGAAGACCGUGACGAUAAUCCUUUUCUCGUCAACGACGAGACCACUGCGCCCCCCUCGCCCAAGCGUAUUCGUGCAUCAGAAGCAUCUGCGAAACCAACCAAAUCCGCUGCCGCCCGAUCAGACUCUCAAGUCACCAAAUCUCGCAACAACGCUACUACCCGGACCACCAAGAAAUACGGGGCCAAGAAGGACAAAACAUCUCAUCCCGCCCGCCCUUCGACUCGAGCUGAGGCUAUUGAGAUCGAUUUCGACGAGAUUCCGGGUUCACACCCGGCUCGAGUCACUGCCCCUUCGACGUCCACUUUUGCAUUCAAUACGUUGCCUCCUUCGUCGCCACAGAGGUCUAGUUCGCCACCCACUGUCCUUCCUGUGACGAAGCCUCUCAUCUCUGGUAUGAAAGGGAAGGAUGGCAAGGUUACUCCCCAGAAGAAUGCGCAGGCCAUAGCUCCUACCAAACCUCGUCCUCGGGCUAUAAUCACGAAGAAGGAGAACCCGCCACCGCCACUUCCCAAGGAAUCUGACUCUGAACCUCCGGGUCCUCCAGCGAAAACGAGGACAACGAAGCCUACGACACGUGCACCUGCUGGCGGGAAGAAGUCUGGAAAGCGUGGUGCUCGACCUUUGCCUGAGGAUCUAUCUUCGGAUUCCGAACCCCCGAAAGCGACGAAGGUCAUCAAGUCGUCCAAAACGAAGCGUGGGGCGAAGAAGGCUGCUGCUUCUGCUGUCGUGAAGAACGAUCGGCGCUCAGGAAACCAGGAUGAAGAUGAGGAUGGGUCUGCUGUGGAAGAUGAGAUUCAGCCUUUCUCAUCGUCUCCUAGGGAGACUAGGGCUGCUGCGAAAACACGGGCAGCGGGCAAAGUCUCCACGAGUCCAAAUUCCGUAACGACCAACAACGAAGCAACGAAGGCGAAACCAGCAGCCAAGUCGAACAAGUCGAACAAGGCACCAUGGCUCGAUGAGAAGUUCUCGCCGAAGAGCAAGGAAUUGUCUGGAGACGCCGCAAAACUUCGUGGAGAGCAUCUCGUCUCUGCUGACGAGGUCAUGGCGGGGCCGUCUGACUCGGAACUGGUAGCUAAAGAUUGGGAAACCAUGGAGGUUGUGGAGAAUGCUGCUGAAGUGAUACCGGAGCCACCGUCGGUCAAAGAGGCAAGCAAGAUUUUGGUUACCACAGUUAGGUCGCUCCCUGGCCGAAAGUCGAGCACAGCUGUGACUGGUACCGAUGUCCCAAUGGCCGAUGCAAGGCAGGAUAAAGAGGCAUGCCUUGUCUCUAUAUCAUCAUGCGCUUUAUAUAUUUAUCAUACUGUUCCACAGCGUCAACCAAUCACCGCUCAACUUCAUCCCGGAUUCAAGUCCAAAGCAGGAACCUUUGAAGAUGUUAUCAUGGCUCCUCCCAGCCGAACGGGAUCCCAUGGCGAGCCCGAGGAGAUGGAAGUACUUCCUGAACAGCCUUCCCGUGAAAGAACGGCCACUACGGCCUACGCCACCCAAGCUCCAGCCCAGUCCCCCAGCCCUUCGCCUCCACCCGCACCUCUUGUCGACACCGUCGAAAGUGACCCCGACGCAACUCUCCUGCCAGAUAUUGGUGAAUUCACUGUCAGAAGCAAAGCCUACGACGUUAUUAUUCAAUCUCCCCAGUCUCACGGCCAACAGGUACAUACACCUUUGGAGGUCCGGAACGUGUCUAUGUCGUCGCCGCCACAGAGAGGAGCGACGAGCGUCGAGAGGCAUCGGAAGAGCGUUUCGUUCUUGGAACGUGAGGAAGAGGAUAUGGACGUCACGGUCGUGGGGGGAUUGCAAGAUGAACACGGGGAAGGCGAGGCUGAACCUAUUGUUGCAACGACAGAAGAGAGAACGCGCCAGCCGAUGUCGUCGAAAGCUCGUGGAAAGCAACGCGCAGUCGAGGAACGGCCUUCUCCACUCGCGUUCACACCGAAAGCGGGGUAUCUUAACUUGCAUGGCUCUGUGCAGCCAUCUCGUCCUCGAACCGCGGAUCCACCGCGUCAAACAUUGGCCUCUGCGAGCUCAAAAACCAACGCUCAGGACGUUCCUUCCCGGUUCGAGCAACCUGUCCGCCAGGGUUCCAUCGGUAAUCGUCUUCGUCCACGGGAAGAGCGUCUAGCCACAGACGACCCACUUGAGGUCAUCUAUGAGACCAUCAACAAGAUCACAGACGCCAUCAAGUAUGGAAUACAAUCCAAGUACGACGGUGUGCGCGAUAGUACUCGACAGUUGAAGACGAAGCUUCUGAUGCGAGCCAUGGAGGACCUUGAUGAGCUGCAUGAGGAUAACGUCACCACCUACAACACCCUCCUCGCUCUCGAACAAGCCUACACCGAUUAUUCCCAACGCUCUCUCGACGCCCUGACGGAAGCUCACCGUGUCGGCGCAGAGAGCCAGAAGAAGCUGAAGGAGCUGAUUAAGGAACAUGAUAAGAUGGCGAAGGAGCAUGCGAAGAAGGUUCCGAGUGUGAAGGGUUUGCCGGGGAGUAUCGCGAAGUGGAAGACGAAGUGA